AUGGCUGGCAAAUUUUACUUCGUAGUAGCGUUAAUAUGUGUGGUGCCUAUAGUAUACGCGUGCAACGAGGCUAUUUGUGCCAGUGUUGUAUCAAAGUGUAUGUUAACACAGUCUUGUAAAUGUGAUUUGAAAGACUGCUCUUGUUGCAAGGACUGCUUCAGCUGUCUUAGCUAUUUGUAUACUGAAUGUUGCAGUUGUGUUGAUAUGUGUCCUAAGCCAAAUGACACACAGACGGAACUAUCUAAAACUUCAUAUGUGGAAGAGUUGGCAGAUGGUGUCCCCGGACUGUUUGCAGCACUCACCAGUGACCCAGACCCUCAGCAAAGAUGGUUAUCAAUUACUUACCCUGUGGACAUUGAUCUGUCUGCUUACAGGCCUGUGCCCGAGAAGCAAUUAGUUUACCAUUUACAGAGCGUGGAACAGGAAUCGGAGCCCGUGAGUCGUGAUGUGGUGACACUUAACUGCACCGUCGCGUAUAUGUCUCAGUGCAUGUCCUGUGACAAGUGCCGCGCUUCAUGUCGCUCUAUGGGCGCCAACAGCCUCAGAUGGUUCCAUGACGGCUGUUGCGAAUGUGUCGGAGACAAGUGCCUGUAUUACGGCAUCAACGAGAGCAGGUGUCUGGCAUGUCCCGGUGGCAAAGACACAACUGUAAACUCGCUCGAUGAGGACCUGACUUAUGACGACCUUGAUUAUGGGGAAGAUGUUGACGCACAGUCGGUAUAA